CCAACCCUUCACUACCCAACAUUUUCUCACAAACCAAACACCAUCUCUCUCUCUCUGUACUCAGCAAGGUAUCAUCGACACAGACCAAGCAAAACUAUUUACCUCUUCUACUUAAGAUCCGUUGUUCAACAUCAUGAAUUGGCUUUACGCUACUCGCUUAUUCCCUUUCUCAGAAUCGUUAACUCAUUGAUUUCCUCACUUGAAUCGAAGAGAUAAUUUGGAAGUCGAACCGCUCUGUUAUCUGUUGUGGGCUAAUGGCGUCUGUAGGUGUGGCACCUGCUUCUGGUUUAAGAGAACCUAGUGGAAAUACAACUGGUGUUGAUAGGUUGCCUGAUGAAAUGAAUGACAUGAAAAUAAGGGAUGAAAAGGAAAUGGAAGCAACUGUUGUUGAUGGUAAUGGGACGGAGACAGGUCAUAUAAUUGUCACUACCAUUGGUGGUAAAAAUGGACAACCAAAGCAGACCAUUAGCUAUAUGGCAGAGCGUGCCGUCGGACAUGGAUCUUUUGGAGUAGUUUUCCAGGAAUAUGUGAAGCUUUAUUUUUACCAGAUUUGUCGGGCACUUGCUUACAUCCAUAAUAGCAUUGGAGUGUGCCAUAGAGACAUAAAACCUCAAAAUUUGUUGGUUAAUCCACACACUCACCAGCUGAAACUCUGUGACUUUGGAAGUGCCAAAAUUUUGGUUAAAGGAGAACCAAACAUUUCUUACAUCUGUUCUAGGUACUAUCGAGCACCAGAACUUAUAUUUGGUGCAACUGAAUAUACCACCGCUAUUGACAUCUGGUCUGCUGGUUGUGUUUUGGCGGAGCUACUGCUUGGACAGCCUCUCUUUCCUGGUGAAAGUGGUGUGGACCAGCUUGUUGAGAUAAUCAAGGUCUUAGGUACACCAACAAGAGAAGAAAUAAAGUGCAUGAACCCUAACUACACUGAGUUCAAGUUUCCCCAAAUUAAAGCUCAUCCUUGGCACAAGAUAUUUCACAAGCGUAUGCCACCUGAAGCUGUGGAUCUCGUCUCGAGACUACUGCAGUACUCUCCUAAUCUUAGAAGCACUGCUCUGGAGGCUCUGAUUCAUCCAUUUUUUGAUGAGCUCCGUGACCCCAAUACCCGCUUGCCAAAUGGGCGUUUCCUUCCUCCACUCUUCAACUUUAAAUCUCAUGAACUUAAGGGAGUUCCUACAGAGAUGCUUGUUAAGCUGAUACCUGAGCAUGCAAGAAAGCAGUGUGUCUUUCUUGGCUUGUGAUGCAGUUGGUUGUAGGUGAAGUCUGCUUUGCAGAAAAAUGUGCCUGCCUUGGGUUGUGAUGGGGGGGGGGGGGGGGGUGGUUUGUAGGUUUAAGUCCUGCUUCUCGCAGAAAAAAAUGUGAAACCGUUGUAGAGGGAUAGCUAGUGGGUGGCCUAUUCAAGUGCUUAUGAGGACUAAGGAGAGGCCAUGCUCUCUGUUUUCCGCCCUUAAAUGUUCAUUUUGUUCUUAUUAUGGUUAUUAUUAUUAUAUAUAUAUAUUCUUAAGAAA